CGCGAUUUACUCUCGGUGAAUCCGCUAGCUCUGUGUCUGUGCCUGGCAUAGCGAGCGCGCGGCUAACGGCAAGUGUGCAACUCAGACGGACGUGUAAUUAAAGAGCCACGCCUCGAAUGACACUAUCUGCUCACUUCUGGCAAGCCGGCGUUUAAAUAGGGUUGGGGUGGGGGGUCCAGCUCUGCAGGCGUGCGGGGAGCGUUUGUCGGUAGACAAGAAACUUUCUUCUUCCCAUUUGUUUGUCCAGUCAAGCUAUCAUCGUUACCAAAUCGAGGGAAAACUUUUUUUUUUAAUUCACUCACCCACUUACCAGGAGCAGCGGAACAUGGCGAUGGAGCGCCUCAAACUUUUAUUUUUUUCGGUGCCAAUUUUACUUUUGGUGACACCCGUUCAUCUUACUUCUAACAUGGAACCCAUGCCGCUACCAACAGAUAAACUACUUGUAAUUACUGUUGGAACUCAGGAAACUGAUGGCUUUCUUCGAUUCAUGCAAACAGCCAAAGCCUUAAACUAUACAGUGAAGGUUAUAGGCAAAGGUGAAGAAUGGAAAGGAGGCGAUGUAAGUAAUUCUAUUGGAGGUGGUCAGAAAAUACGCCUACUAAAAGAGAUAAUGCCAAGUUAUGUUGAUCAAGAAGACCUCAUUGUGCUGGUUGUUGACAGUUAUGAUGUCAUCUUUGCUGGAGGGCCUGAGGAACUACUGAAGAAAUUUCAACAAGCAAACCAUAAAGUGGUCUUUUCUGCCGAAAGUUUGAUCUGGCCAGAUAAAAGACUGGCAGACAAAUAUCCAUCAGUCCGUAGUGGAAAACGAUUCCUCAAUUCUGGAGGAAUUAUUGGAUAUGCACCUUAUAUUAGCCAGCUUGUGCAACAGUGGGAUCUACAAGAUAAUGAUGAUGAUCAGCUUUUUUACUCCAAAAUAUAUCUUGAUCCAUUGCAAAGGGAACGCCUAAAUAUGACCCUUGAUCACAAGUGCCAGAUUUUUCAGAAUCUUAAUGGUGCAGUUGAUGAAGUCCUCCUGAAAUUUGGCACUGAAAGAGUGAGAGCAAGAAACAGUUUAUAUGACACGUUACCAGUUAUAAUUCAUGGCAACAGAAAUACCAAAAUACACCUGAACUUCCUUGCAAAUUACAUACCAAAUGCCUGGAAUUUUAAAAGUGGUUGUGGCAUAUGUGACAAUGAUCUCUUUGAUUUAUCUAAAGUAAAGGAGUACCCCACAGUUACGAUUGGUAUAUUUAUUGAACAAGCAACACCAUUUGUACCAGAAUUUUUUGAAAGACUUUUGAAUCUGGAUUAUCCUAAAGAAAAAAUUUACAUUUUCCUCCACAAUAAUGAAGUUUACCAUGAAAAGCAUACUCAGAGGUUUUGGGAGCAAAACCGGAAUGCCUUUAAGAGCUUUAAAAUUGUUGGCCCCGAGGAAAAUCUGAGCCAAGGAGAAGCAAGGAAUAUGGGAAUGGACCUUUGUCGACAGGAUGAAAGUUGUGACUAUUAUUUCAGUAUUGAUGCAGAUGUCGUUCUAACAAACCCAAAGACUCUGAAGUUAUUAAUUGAGCAAAACAGAAAAAUAAUUGGUCCACUUGUAACCCGCCAUGGAAAACUGUGGUCUAACUUCUGGGGUGCUUUAAGCCUGGAUGGAUAUUAUGCUCGAUCCGAAGAUUAUAUUGAUAUUGUUCAAGGAAAACGUGUUGGUGUGUGGAACAUUCCUUACAUGGCCCACGUCUACCUAAUUAAGGGCGAGACUCUUAGAAGUGAAUUAAAAGAGAGAAACUACUUUGUGCUUGAGAAGCUGGAUCCUGACAUGGCACUCUGCAGAAAUGUGCGGGAUUUGACAAUACAAAGGGAAAAAGACUCCCCUUCUCCGGAAUCAUUCCAUAUGCUCAGGCCCCCAAAGGGAGUUUUCAUGUAUAUUACCAACCGCUAUGAAUUUGGAAGACUUGUUUCAACUGCUAAUUAUAAUACUUCUCAUCUGAAUAGUGACUUGUGGCAGAUAUUUGAAAAUCCAACUGACUGGAAAGAAAAAUACAUCCAUUCAAACUAUACUAAAAUAUUUACAGAGAAUCUUACAGAGCAGCCUUGCCCAGAUGUAUUUUGGUUUCCGGUGUUUUCUGAGGCUGCCUGUGACGAACUGGUCGAAGAAAUGGAGAACUACGGCAUUUGGUCUGGUGGGAAAAACAUAGAUAAGCGCAUUUCUGGUGGUUAUGAAAAUGUUCCAACAGAUGAUAUUCAUAUGACACAAAUUAACUAUGAAAAAGAAUGGCUGCAUUUUAUAAGAGAGUUUAUAUCUCCAGUAACCUUGAAAGUUUUUGCUGGAUAUUACACAAAGGGUUUUGCCUUGCUGAAUUUCGUUGUGAAGUAUACCCCUGAAAGACAGCCAUCGUUGAGACCACACCAUGACACUUCUACAUUUACAAUCAAUAUUGCGCUGAACAGUAAAGGCAGAGAUUUUCAGGGUGGUGGCUGCCGUUUUCACAGGUAUAACUGCUCAGUUGAAUCUCCUAGAAAAGGAUGGAGUUUUAUGCAUCCAGGAAGACUUACUCACUUACACGAAGGCUUGCCUACUACAAGUGGAACACGAUACAUUGCAGUGUCAUUCAUUGAUCCUUAAAUCAAGAAGAAAUGCUCCAAAUACUGUUUGUACAAGUUGUUUUUUUUUUUCUUUUUUCAUAUAAGUGGUGCUAAACGUGAAAUGGAUGUGGAAAGCAGCAAAGUGUCACAUUAAGUGUGACAAAAAAUCCCUUUUUGGUGUACUGCUUACAUCAUCUCAGAGAUAUAAAAGCAAAUGCUGAAAGACUGUGAAUAGGUGAACAUACUGCGUUAUUACUGCCCUACAAUUAUUUGCUAUGCCAGAAAGAGACAAAAAAAGUUGACUGGAAAAUAACAUUAUUUAUGCAAACGUACUGGUGUUGUUCAAUUUGAUGUUUACUUCAAGAGUCACCUAAAUUAAUUUAAAAUUAUUUUAUAAUUUAAUUUUAACAUAAUUUUAAUGAAUAUUGUGAUUUCCCAGAAUUCUUGGACUUUUGUUUACUUUUUUUUUACAUUUGUUUGCAUUUUA